AUGUUCCAGAUGGAUUACUCCUACCUGAACUCGUACGACUCGUGCAUGGCGGCCAUGGAGGCCUCGGCCUACGCCGACUUCGGCUCGUGCAGCCAGCCCAACGGCUUCCAGUACAGCCCCAUCCGCAGCGGCUUCGGCGCCAACCCGCCCUGCCCGCCCCUCGCCCCCGCCAACUGCGCCCUGGGCGCCCUGCGCGACCACCAGCCCUCGCCCUACUCCACAGUUCCCUACAAAUUCUUCUCGGACCCAUCCACCAUCAACGAGAAACGGAAGCAGCGGAGGAUCCGGACGACGUUCACCAGCUCCCAGCUGAAAGAGCUGGAGAGAGUGUUUGCCGAGACUCACUACCCAGACAUCUACACCAGGGAAGAGCUGGCCCUCAAGAUCGACCUCACUGAAGCCAGAGUGCAGGUUUGGUUUCAAAACCGCCGUGCCAAGUUCCGCAAGCAAGAGCGGGCAGCGAAUGCCAAAGGGCAGAACGCCGGCAGCAACUCCGCCAGCAAGAAGCCCGACCCCCGCUCGUCUUCGGAGGACGACGAGUCCAAGGAGUCCAACUGCAGCCCGACCCCCGACAGCACCGCCUCUCUGCCCACCGCCGGCAACCUGAACAGUCCCGGCAGCAGCCUGAGCCCGAGCCCCGGCAGCGGGCAAGGCCUGGGGCCCAGCCACGCCAGCCAGGCCCUAAAGGCUCCCCUCUGGCCCGGCGUGACCACCAGCAACGGGGCCACCAACACGGCCGAUCUGCUGAAAGCUUGGCAGCCGGCUGAAGCCAUGCCGGGACCUUUCUCCGGCGUCCUUUCCUCUUUCCACAGGAAGCCAAACCCCCUCAAGGCCAACCUCUUCUAACUA